UAGAUGUUUAAUAGAUAACACCAAUCUUUGGUACACAGGGCGCCAAGACUAUUAUCAGUUUCAGUUUGGUUUUUUGUGCUCGCAUCCAUAAAUGUUCAAGAUGAACUUUACUUACCGAGGUUUGAUGGCACCAGUUUUUACUCCCUUCGCGGAUAAUAUGAUUCUGAAUUUAGAAAUUAUUCCGAAAUACGCCAAUUUCCUCAAUAGCCUUGGCAUUGAUGGUAUAUUAGUGAAUGGAACAACAGGGGAAGGCCCUUCAUUAUCGAAAGAUGAAAGAAAGCAAUUGGCUACAAAGUGGAAGGAAGCUGUUAAAACCACGCAACAGCACCUCAUGGUGCAAGUAGGCGGUGCUCCUUUACCAGAUGUUUUAGAACUGGCAAAGCACGCUGAAGAAAUUGGCGUUAACUCUAUUCUAUGCCUACCAGAGUUGUAUUUUAAACCAACAACCCCAGCAGAAUUGAUCGAUUAUUUGAAGGAAGUGGGAAAAGCCGCGCCAAAUACCCCCCUCUUAUAUUACCACAUACCAAGUUUUUCCUGUGUUCACAUAAACAUGGUAGACUUGGUGAAUGAAAUUAAAGGAAAAGUACCUAACUUUUGCGGCUUGAAAUUCACCUCAACACAGCUAGAUGAAGCGGUAUUGGCUUUGCACGCAAACGAAGGAAAAUAUGCUGUGUUUCUUGGCGCUGACAGCGUCUUGGCGGGAGCCUUAGCUCUCGGUAUGGACUCCGCAAUAGGCACAACAUUCAAUAUUUUCCCAAAUCUUAGUAUUGAUAUAUUGAAUGCCAUGAACCAAUCACAAACCGAACAUGCAAGGGAAAUACAGGAAAAACUCACAUAUACCAUCGAAGUAAUAAAAAAAUAUGGGUCUUGGGUAGCAACUAUGAAGCACGCUAUGAAUCUGUUGACUCCAAUCAACGUUGGAAAAGCGAGAAAACCGUUGACUAACUUAACUGAAGGAGAUCAGAAAAAAAUGGCUGAUGCUCUAGAGUUCCUCGUUUCUUCCGGGGUUAUAACUAAUUAUAAUCGAAAGCAAAUAAAAAGUAGGUAAUAAAAGAAUGAUCUUUCGCAUGGAGGAGCGAAGUACAAUUUCUGACAUUAUUUAUUCGACCAAAACUAUAAAAAAGCAACAGAAGUAAUUCAGCCCCAGACUAUAUCAUUGUACAAUAAAAAAUUAAAAGUUAUUAUCCUCAA